UAUUUCUGAGCUCCUCUUUGAAAAGCGCGCGAAAACGCAGCGUCAGCUUUUUCACCUUUUUAUGCGGCAAAGAAUAGUGGGAAGACACCUGCAAUAAGUUUAACGAAUAAAUAAUAAACUGUUGUCACUUUCCACCAAUGACAAUGAUUAUAAAUUCCCCAUCAAAUCACCAACCAAAGUUUAUAAAAAGCCUGAGCACCCAUAGCUCAGGGCUAGUCGGUUCAUAAAACUUACGGUCCGCGAAUAUUCGAACGUCGAAAUUUCGUGCACUCUUAUUGCAGGAUUCCGCCCUAGGCGUUGAAAGGUCAAUAAGAGGAUUUUUAAUAUUUGCAACAUAAACCUUAUUGUAGGAAUCCGUUUCGGCGUUGAAUAAUCAAUAAGGCAUUUCUUAAUUUAUCUAGACUAAUUCUUAUUGCAGGAAUCCGCUACGGCGUCGAAAUAAUCAAUAAGAAAUAGUCAAAGAUCGUGAAUUUAUCACUAACCUUAUUGCAGGAAUCCGCCCUAGGCGUAGAAUAAUCAGUAAGGCAUUUAAAGCUAAAAUCUUUUGUAUCCAAUUAUUGCAGGAAUCCGUUUCGGCGUUGAAUAAUCAGUAAUUGAAUUCAAAUUAUUAUUAAAAAUCCUCAAAUAUUGAUCUAAAAUUCGAUCUGACGCAACUGUAGUAAUCGUUCGUCUAGUACAAUAUUUGUCGGAUUAUAAAAACCAUCCGGUACGAUCGAACCAGUGACGCAAAUCACGUGAAUUUGCGAUUCCAUCUCGUGCCGAGUUAAUUUGUGCAUAAAACCACUUUUCGGGUGUGAAAAAGGACGCAUUAAAAAUAAAUUGAAAUCUUAUAAAAAUAUCUGUUAAGGAUAAAUAAUCCUAUAAUAUAAAUUAAAUAUAAAGUUGUGAAAACUUAGAGUGAACAAGUGACGUUCAGUAAAAACGUUGUAAUUUGAAAUAAUUAAUAAAAGAUCAAGUUCAUCACUUCAACCUUGCGGUUUCAUUCGAAAGUAGUACAUAAGAUAUCAUCCUAUCAACCCAGCCGCACCCAUUCUACCAACCUUGCAGGAAGGCCGAGUGAGCUGUUUAGUUCUGGAGGGAUAAUAGCUGCCGCACUAGAAGAAUUGACAUCGAAAGAUCCAAGGAAAUAAUUUACCACCAUGAAGGCGUUGUUGAUAUUCUUGGCCAUCAUCAUAGAAGGCAGCCAAUCCAAGGACGUCAUGACCAUUCAACCAUUGGCGGACAACCCAGGGUUAUUGUAUGACCCAUUUAAGAGGAUUCACUUGAUUGAUGAAAAUUGGUGCAUCAUUUCUUCCAUUAACGUCAAGGGGUUGGUAGACCUGUACCCCUUCGAGUUGGAACAUAUACAUUCAACCAUGCUCGCUUGUGCCAAGAUCAUCGACGUCGGGUCCUGCAUGCAUUAUCUGAAAAUCGACAUGAUAAAUGAGGUACAGGUUCAAAUAUAUCAGGCCAUGCAUCGCUUAGACCAACUCCUCGACGAAACGAAUUUUCAAACACCGCCACUUGACCGUAACCAGAGAGCUCCAUGGUUCGGUUUUAUAGGCACGAUUUCUCGAGAAUUGUUUGGGACCAUGGAUUAUGAAGACAAGGAACACAUUAAUAAGGAAAUCAACAAGUUAUACCAAGAUAAUGCCGAAAUGGUGCACCUGGUACAGAACGCCACUCACAUCGUCAAGAGUGAGAUUAAUACCAUCCUUCAGAGUGAGGCUCAGAUGCAGUCAAAUCUAAACAAACUCGCGGACGUCACUCACGCAUUCAUAAACGCAACGCUAAACUCCUUAGAAAAAGUCGUUUAUGUCACGAAAGUCCUCAUGCUGGGGGAUGAGCGCUUAGAAGUCGCCAAUCACCACCUACGAGUCCUGAGAGAGGCCGAAACCAUCAUCGAAGAGGCAAAAGCCGGCAGACUCUCUCCUCAAGCGAUAUCACCAAAACAACUUUACAAAGCAACGAUCGACAUCAUGCGGAAACAUCCUGAUUUAAAUCCACCUCAGCCGAUUGACAGGAUGGACCUCUCAACUUUGUCAGCAGUAUCGACAGUAAAGGUAGCGAGGGCAAAAGGUUAUUUACUCAUUAUAGUAACCUUGCCUCUGUUCCACAAGAUUCCGCUACUAUCGUAUGAAAUGAGACCGUUGCCAAAACCAGAAAACGUGAACGGAAAAAUUCAAACUUUGACCAUCUUACCAUCCAAAAGGUUCUUGGUUACAGAUCCAGGCCUGCGAAGAUUUUUCCUAGCAGACUCUGAAUAUAUAAAUAAAUGCAGAACCAUCGGAGAAGAUCUAUCGUGUCGUCCCGAUAUUCCAUUUCAAUCUACAGAAGAUCCUGAAGAAGUCGACUGCGAAAUGAAGCUGCUCUUGAAAUCGACAGAAGACAUUUCGAGAACUUGCAACAUCCGCAUUAUCCCCGAUUGCAAAACUACGUGGAUAAAGCUCAAUCAACCAAACUCUUGGGCUUACUCGACCUGCAAAGAGGAAAAAUUAAGUCUCAAAUGUUUGGACCCAGUCGAAAAAGACUACUACAUCAAUGGAACAGGGAUGAUCCAUAUCCAGGGCAGAUGUGAAAUGAAAAACGGAAAAUACUUAAUCAAAAGUAUAGAUGAGGAAAUCACCCAGCUGAAUAUCACGCUGCCGAAGUUAAAUUUAACCUUGGAAGCACUGCCAACUAAUUUAACAGCGGAGCCCAAAGUCUCAGGGUUUCUCUUCAAAAAGAACAUCGACCCGUUAAACACAAUCGAUAAAUUUCAACCCUGGGGAGCAGGACUAGAAGAAACAGAAAACCGGAUGUCUGAAAUAUCGCUGCAUCAUCAGGAGGACGAGAUACAACGAACGAUGACGGCGGGAAAUAUGUCUAUCCUCGUCAUCUUGUAUGUCAUUCUCAUCGUGCCAGUUUUCCUCAAGUGUUGUAUCUGCUCAGGCAAGAGGCGCUGCUCCACCUACAAGAAAAACAAGCAGCCAGUCGAGGUACUUCAUAAGACAAUAACAGAAACCAAACGUACCUCCGAUCUCAAACCAAAGGCAGUCCAAAUUAAGGACCAACCAGAGGUCAUCGAACUCCAAGAUCAUCCGUCGACACCAACUCAUGUCUCAUUCUCCGCAAAUCGGCGAACAACUCCAACUCGUACAUCCAGAGGUCUCCGUCUCUCCGAUUUCAACGCACCAAUAUAAUCAACCUAAAUAAGAUAAGAAUAAUGUACAAUCAAACAAAAAUUCGCGUGGUAAAAAUAGCAAUCCUCUUCCAAUUAUUUAGAUACUGACCCCGAAGAUUUUUGGGGCCAUUUUGGAAAACAUUUACAAUUUUUGUAUUUAUCUAACCAUAUCUAUGGUCACCUUUGAAGAAGAUUCCUAUUUUACCACCACUUUAUUUUUAAAAGGAAAAAAAAAAAAAAAAAUUUUUAACUAAUAAACAUAUUACUAGACUUAAAUUUUAUGAUAAAUUUUAAAAAAAAAGAAAAUUAAUAAUAGCUUUUUACAUUUAAACUAUUAAAGGAAUUUAAAAUCACCUGAACAUUCGAGAAAACAGGAUAAUUGGUAAAUUCCUGUUAAAAACCGCGAAAUUACUUUUGAAACUAAAGCAAAUUAUUUAAACGUUUACCUUUAGCGCAUGCGCGAAUCCAAACGCAGAUGACAGCCGCUGACAAUAUUAUCACAGCCUUGACAAAAUUUUCUUACAGGACGCCAUUUCUCUGCCAAAUUCUCCUUUUGAAAAUUUAAACCCCAUGGAAACUCCAUAAAAAAAACUCCUUUUCACCACCUAUAACAAGAAAAUGGAAGCAGUAAAUAGAAAGAAAUUUUUCUUUCAAAAACCAACUUCAGGAUGUUACUCACCUCAGACUAGUCAUAAGUUCCAUAAUAAACUAAAAACACUUACCUGGCGAAUUUAGAUAAUUGCGCCGUAAUAAAAAAAAAAAAAACUUUAAACUCAAAAAGAAAAGGGAAAACCAAGUUUUCUUGACGUAUACACUUGCAUAUUUAACCAUAUCCAAGUUGUAUAUGGUUAUUUGACGGAAUGGGCGAAUUCUUGGGUUAAAAGAAGGAACACACGAUCUUUAAGCUCAUUUUCUCUUUAUUAAAAAGAGAAAACCGACAGGUGAACUUGACUUGCAAGUGGUAACAUCACUUCGGUUACCCAGCGAACGCUGGUGAUGGCCGAAUUGCCCCAUUUUCUUCCGCUACCUCGAAUUCCUACUCUUCUGGCUCAUCACCUCCAUCUUCCCUAAAGAGCCAGAAAAUUGAUAUCCAGUCCUCCAUCCAAUCAUCCAAGUCCUCGUCCUUUUCCCUUCAAAGAUGUUUACUCCAUGCCAGGAAAAGCUCACGCUUUAGCCGGGAUGGACAGCACGGUAGAGAACCCCGACUUAAAUAAAACUGGAUAAAUAGACGAAUUAAUAAACACUGCAAUCACAAUUAACUGGACUUGACACUUUAACACUUACGUGUAACAGAUUAUUACACACACCACACGAGUAAUAACACUCACAAAUGUGAAUUCUGGGAUCCCAAAUUGAAAAAAAAAAAAUUCCUCCGAAUAUAAGUAAAUUCAGCGUAAAAUCUUAUAAAAUAAUAAAUGGGAUCCCCAAGGUCAUACUUUUUGUUAAAAUCACAUGGAAUUAAACUUAUGAAUAAAAUAAUAAAAGUCACUCUUAAAACUAUUAAACUAAAUUUUAAAACAUGUUGAAAUUCACUUUGCCUUUAUUUUCUCAAGGUCAUAAAAUAUGCUUAAGUGUACACAUCAUAUGCGUGUGAAAAGUUGAAAUAAAUAAUAUUGUAAUCCUAAUUUGGGAUAAUCAUACUAUGUAAUCCUUUUAUUUAAGAAUAAUUAUAAUUAUUUUGGUAAUGGGAAAUGAUAUAUUUUAAGAAAAGAACUAUAUAAAAUUCAUAUUAACAUAUAUAUACAUACAUAUACACCAUAAAUAUUGGGAAACUCAAAUGUAAUCUUCUAUAUUUUAAAUAUUUUCAUAUAUCUAGCUGUAAGUUCUUUUUAACUAAAUUUGUAAGCGUUAUCGCGAGCUUCUUAAAAGAGGGGACAUAUGUUUAGGAAAGCAAGAGAAUUUUGCAACCCUCUUACUUUCCGGGGGAUUGUUAUGUCCAAAUAAUUUUUUUUCAUUUUUAUAAUUAUUUAAAAUAAUUAUUUCUGAGCUCCUCUUUGAAAAGCGCGCGAAAACGCAGCGUCAGCUUUUUCACCUUUUUAUGCGGCAAAGAAUAGUGGGAAGACACCUGCAAUAAGUUUAACGAAUAAAUAAUAAACUGUUGUCACUUUCCACCAAUGACAAUGAUUAUAAAUUCCCCAUCAAAUCACCAACCAAAGUUUAUAAAAAGCCUGAGCACCCAUAGCUCAGGGCUAGUCGGUUCAUAAAACUUACGGUCCGCGAAUAUUCGAACGUCGAAAUUUCGUGCACUCUUAUUGCAGGAUUCCGCCCUAGGCGUUGAAAGGUCAAUAAGAGGAUUUUUAAUAUUUGCAACAUAAACCUUAUUGUAGGAAUCCGUUUCGGCGUUGAAUAAUCAAUAAGGCAUUUCUUAAUUUAUCUAGACUAAUUCUUAUUGCAGGAAUCCGCUACGGCGUCGAAAUAAUCAAUAAGAAAUAGUCAAAGAUCGUGAAUUUAUCACUAACCUUAUUGCAGGAAUCCGCCCUAGGCGUAGAAUAAUCAGUAAGGCAUUUAAAGCUAAAAUCUUUUGUAUCCAAUUAUUGCAGGAAUCCGUUUCGGCGUUGAAUAAUCAGUAAUUGAAUUCAAAUUAUUAUUAAAAAUCCUCAAAUAUUGAUCUAAAAUUCGAUCUGACGCAACUGUAGUAAUCGUUCGUCUAGUACAAUAUUUGUCGGAUUAUAAAAACCAUCCGGUACGAUCGAACCAGUGACGCAAAUCACGUGAAUUUGCGAUUCCAUCUCGUGCCGAGUUAAUUUGUGCAUAAAACCACUUUUCGGGUGUGAAAAAGGACGCAUUAAAAAUAAAUUGAAAUCUUAUAAAAAUAUCUGUUAAGGAUAAAUAAUCCUAUAAUAUAAAUUAAAUAUAAAGUUGUGAAAACUUAGAGUGAACAAGUGACGUUCAGUAAAAACGUUGUAAUUUGAAAUAAUUAAUAAAAGAUCAAGUUCAUCACUUCAACCUUGCGGUUUCAUUCGAAAGUAGUACAUAAGAUAUCAUCCUAUCAACCCAGCCGCACCCAUUCUACCAACCUUGCA